AUGAAUUCUAGCAAACAUCAUAAGACGAAGAAUAACGAGAAUAAAAAACGUGCUCAUCGUACGAAGAAAGUUAAAACGGCUGAUCAAUUGGUCUCAUCCAGCAGCAGUGAGUCGACGUCAUCCAGCAGCAGUGAGUGGACGUCAUCCAGCAGCAGUGAGUCGAAGUCAUCCAGCAGCAGUGAGUGGACGUCAUCCAGUAGCAGUGAAUCGACGUCAUCCAGCAGCAGUGAGUCAACGUCAUCCAGCAGCAGUGAUUGGACGUCUUCCAGCAGCAGUGAUUCAACGUCAUCCAGCAGCAGUGAGUCAACGUCAUCCAGCAGCAGUGAGUCAACGUCAUCCAGCAGCAGUGAGUCAACGUCAUCCAGCAGCAGUGAUGGGACGUCUUCCAGCAGCAGUGAGUCAACGUCAUCCAGCAGCAGUGAGUCAACGUCAUCCAGCAGCAGUGAGUCAACGUCAUCCAGCAGCAGUGAGUCAACCUCAUCCAGCAGCAGUGAGUCAACGUCAUCCAGCAGCAGUGAUUGGACGUCUUCCAGCAGUGAUGGACGUCUUCCAGCAGCAGUGAUUGGACGUCUUCCAGCAGCAGUGAUUGGACAUCAUUCAGCAGCAGUGAUUGGACGUCUUCCAGCAGCAGUGAUUGGACAUCAUUCAGCAGCAGUGAGUAUUUGUUAUUUAGCAGUAGUUACUGGACGUCAUCCAGCGGAUUUUUCUGGAGCUGUAGCAGAUGCUAGAUUUCACACCCUAAGAAACGUGGUGAGGACCCUCGAUUGUGGUCCUGGUGUUAUGCCAGGUGCUAUGCAAGGUGCUAUGCCUCGUGCUAUGCAAGAUGCUAUGCAAGAUGCUAUGCCAGGUGUUAUGCCAGGUGCUAUGCCUGGUGCUAUACCAGAGGCUAUGCAAGAUGCUAUGCAAGGUACUAUUUCAGGUGCUGUGACAGGUGUUAUUCCAGGUAUUAUGCCUGGUGCUGUGACAAGUACUGUACCAGGUGUUAUGCCAGGUGCUGUACCAGGUGCUGUGCCAGGUGCUAUACCAGAGGCUAUGUAA